UGAGUUCACCCAACCAGCCAAAGAGGAGAGACGCUGCUUGCGCAUUGAGCAAUCCAUAAUGUAUUACAGCAGUGGCUGUGCGCGUGUCUCGCAUCAGGACAGUCCGGAGGUUACAGCCUCUCUCUUCCACCUUCCGGCGCUGGACGCGACAUCUCUGCUAAGACGCGUUCUGGCUGCCAAAGGAUUUACGACCAAACAUCCAUACGCUCUCUGAAACCAAUUUGAUAUUCGUGGAAACGGCGGAAGCAAAUUUUCUGACUUGCUACCACCAUGUCGACGCCGUUGCGCCCGCCCUCUCGCAAGGACUCCGGCUCAAGCCCCACCAAUGGUCCGAAGUCUCUCAACGACUACCAACUGGGCGAUUCCCUUGGCAAAGGAGCAUUUGGGCAGGUCUAUCGGGCGUUAAAUUGGGCAACGGGAGAAACUGUCGCGGUUAAGGAGAUUCAGUUGACGAACAUCCCGAAGGGCGAGAUUGGACAAAUCAUGUCCGAAAUCGACUUGCUCAAGAACCUCAACCAUCCCAAUAUCGUCAAGUAUAAGGGGUUUGUGAAGACGCGGGAAUACCUGUACAUCAUACUUGAAUUCUGUGAAAAUGGUUCGCUGCACGCCAUCUCCAAGCGGUUCGGCAAGUUUCCAGAAAGCUUGGUCGCUGUCUACAUCUCGCAAGUGCUCGAUGGGCUCGUUUAUCUACACGACCAGGGUGUUAUCCAUCGCGACAUCAAGGGCGCUAAUAUCUUGACGAACAAGGACGGCACCGUGAAGCUGGCGGAUUUCGGAGUGGCCAGCAACACGACGGCAGUUAACGAUGGAGCCGUUGUCGGUAGCCCUUACUGGAUGGCACCGGAAGUGAUCGAGCAAUCUGGAGCCACGACAGCUUCGGAUAUUUGGAGUGUCGGAUGUGUGGUAAUCGAGCUUUUGGAGGGACAUCCGCCAUAUCACACCCUGGAUCCGAUGCCUGCUCUGUUCCGCAUCGUGCAGGAUGAUUGUCCACCAAUACCCGAAGGCGCAUCCCCGAUCGUGAAGGACUUCCUCUAUCAUUGCUUCCAAAAGGAUAGCAACCUGCGCAUAUCGGCGAAGAAGCUGUUGCGACAUCCUUGGAUGGCUGCCGCGCGCCGUGGGAUGGGUGGUGGAAAGGACUCGGCAGAACGACGCCGUAGUGCAAGGCCUGGGGCUCAGGAUGGACAGAGACGACCGCUGAGUAAUUACAAUUACGACGAGGCAGUCUUGAAAGUUCAAGAGUGGAAUGAGGCGCUCAAAUCACCGUCCCGGCCUUCCAAGAACCCUGGGCGCGCGAAUGGGCGGCCCGUUUCGCCUACAAGAGACCUGGGAGCUUCUCCAUCGUCAGGUUCCGCGCUGGGCGCCUGGCGUGCGGUGUCUGGAUCUCUUCCUAAGCAGAACAUUUCAGAAAAGAUCCAGAUUCAACCACUCACAUUUUCCCUUCAACCGCCGGAAGAGCAGACAGACAACUGGGAUGACGACUUCGAAGAAGGGAUCUCGCUGACUAAACUGCAGGGGCUGGAGAAGGCAGCAGGGGAGUGCGACAACACUACAUCUUCCUCUGAAGAGAACACGAGAACCAUCCGACCCAAUAAGAGUCCUGUGCCCAAGCCUCCGAUACCUUUAGCAAAACCGCCAGGGCCUGAUAUACAGGAUAUCUUCGAAGACUACUCGGAUCUCAUUGGAGGAGAGGACGAAGACACCCUAGAGAACAAGGUGGCGAACUUCAAAAUGAAGAACUCCACUCGUCGCGGAGGUCUAUUCCACCCCGAUGACAUCAAAACUUUCGGUCUAGGUCGGUCACCAGGACCGCUUUCGGCGCCCAGCGUCACUGGACUGUUCAAUCGAUCCACAUCCGACCCCAAGCCAAGUCGACCUGCUCCUAGCCCCUUGUUCACGAAUAAGCCGUUGACUACCAGUCCUGGGCCAGCUUCUGCGUCGGUCUUGCCCAGUGUGGCCCCCGUUCCUGCGCCGACGCGAUUGGCCCAUUCGCGGUCAUCUUCCUUUGCGGGCUCCGGCUCGGGUCUAGGAGGAUCCAUGGGCCGUGCUGAAGCCCGGAAAUUGCUCAGCGAAUCUGAACUAGGUAAAUAUACCGAAGAUGAUGAUGAGGAUUAUGAGGAUGUUUUCGGGAAGCACAAUGGAUCAGCUUCGGACCAGUCUCCUGCGCUACAGCUGACGACAAGGCUGUCAAAUCGUUCUUGGCUCGGUGAUGAUAACUCGGAUGAAGACGAUCCUUUCGCGGAGAUCGAUGAAGGCUUUGCCGAAGACGACCUCGAGGCUAACCUGCAGCGAGACAAAUAUGCUCGCUUGUGCAAUAUGGUGAACGGACUGGUGGACCAACUUACACCCUCUGCACCUGACUUCCAGCUUCGUGAAGCGUGCGAUCAACUGCUGAGCACUCUGGCCGAAGCACCAGAAAUGCAGGUACAGCUUGUCUCGUCCCAUGGAAUGCUCGCCAUCCUCGAGGUUCUCGAAGGCAAGUUCUCUAGGGAUGUGAGCUUGCGGCUGCUCCAAAUCAUCAACUUGGUCGGUGAUGUCUCCGAUUCAUGCGAGAUCACUCUGACCACUUCGCAGUUGGUCAACGCAGACGCCGGUUUUCUGGAGAGUUUCUGUCUGAUUGGGGGAAUUCCCGUCAUGAUGAAUUUCACAUCGAAGAAGUAUCCUUCCGAGUGCAGAUUAGAAGCUUCCAACUUCAUCCGGCUACUGUGUCACACGUCUGUGAUGACGCUGCAGAUGUUCAUUUCCUGCCGCGGCCUGAAAGUGCUCGUGGAUCUCAUCGACGAAGACUACAACGAACAAGCAGACCUGGUGCAACAUGCGCUCAACGGUAUAGGCAGUGUCUUCGAGUUGCAGAGUCCGACGACGAAGAACGACUUUUGCCGGAUGUUCAUCCGUGCGGGUCUGCUCGAUCCGUUGUCAGCGGCGCUGCUGAAUGUGAUCAACACGAAAGGAGAGGCCGCAAAGGCGAUCAAGAUGAAGAUCAUUCAGAUCUUGCUGGUCUUUUCCCAAGUAUCCCAGUCAGACAUCCAUGUGCGGAACGCGUUGGGAACGAGGAAGGUCGUGAGAAGACUGUUGCGGUCAUGCGAGCUGCUAGAGCCUGAUUGUCUGGUGCAGAUGCUCAAGGCUGUGAAGCACCUGUCGAUGAAUGCGACUCUGUUGGAGGUGCUUCAGAACUCGAAUGCCAUCGAGGUGCUGGUCAGAAUUCUGGAAGAACAGUCAUCUGGCCCUCACAGCACAGAAAUGGCCAACCACAUCUUCCAGACUUGCUACAAUCUCUGCCGGCUGAACAAGUCUCGGCAAGAGGAGGCUGCGCAGGCAGGGAUCAUCCCUUGUUUGAAACGGGUGAUCGAGACACGCUCGCCGCUGAAACAGUUCGCGCUGCCGAUCCUCUGUGAUCUUGCGAGCGCCGGGAAGAGCUGCCGGACACUCCUCUGGCAACACGAUGGGUUGGCGAUGUACAUCAAGUUGCUGGAAGACCCGUAUUUCCAAGUCAGUGCGCUCGAGUCGGUCUUGAGCUGGCUGCAGGACGAAACGGCUCGUGUCGAGGACGAGCUGACGACGGCUUCGUCUGUGGCUGCACUGGUGCAGUGCUUUGCGACGGCCAAAGCGAAUUCAUUCGAGAAUCUCCUCGACCCUUUCCUCAAGAUCGCACGCUUGUCAACUCCCUUGACGAUUGCCAUGUCACGAUCUCCCAGCUUGUUCCAGCGGAUCGUAGAGAGACUGGCGCCAGCCAGCAGUCACUCGAAGGAAAAGGCGGUGGUGCGAUUGAAUCUGCUCAGGAUUCUGCGGACGGUGUGCGAGGUUCAUCCAAACCGGGCGAUGUUGGUUGAACGGUACGGUCUGCUGGGUGUCGUCGAGGCUCUGAGCCGAGACGGGGCUGUCCUGGUCCGGGAGCUUGCGCGAGAGAUUGUUCCGGUGCUGAAGCCCGGCCUGAAACCUCUCAAAGCGGUCGCCCGGGGAUCUCAUCAGCCUACCCGAAGCUCACCGGCCGUGCCGAUUGCCGACUCGCCCAGGACACCUGCUCUAGCACCGAAGAGACUGCGAAGGACCGCCUCGGAGACCGUCGGCCCAUCCUAUGCAUCGAAGCUGACUGCAGACCCGAACCCAAAGCCAAGAGCGAGGAGGCCGAAGCUAGGCGAGGUCCCAUGGGCAGCACCUUAAUGUUAUUCUUUCACUUGUCACAUUCAUUCCACUGGUCUGUACACUAGCGCACACUCAUUAGCAUACUCGGAAAAUCCGACAUUCUUUUUGUCUUGGAUCGCUCUGAACAUCGCC